CUCUAAGGAACUUGCGGGUUAAAGAUUUGCGCUUGCGCGUUAAACCCUGCCUCAGGAAGUGCUGCCGCCGCUGUGAGCGGGUGGAGGAGCUGGGGGUAUUUCUCUGAGGGCUCGUGCCCGUAUUGUAUAUACGGCAAACUAAAGUUGGUGCUGAAGUGGAAUCUGAGAUCUCGUGGAAAGAGCUUUCUCAUUUAUGUAGUAUAUGAAGAUGGAAUUUACAAUUAGACACACAUGGGAUGGUUUAACUGUGAGCCAUGAGCCAGUAACAAUUGGGCUGAGGUCAGACGGUGCAGGACUGCUAAUGGAAGUUAAUGCUCCCUUGUUUAAUGACCCUCCAGCACCACUUGGAGAACCAGGGAAACCUUUUAGUAGGCUGUGGGACUACGAGGUUGUAGAAGCGUUUUUCCUGAGUGACAGAACUGAACAGUAUUUAGAAGUUGAACUUUGUCCCCACGGACAACACUUGUUGCUGCUGCUUUCUGGCAAAAGAAGGGUAUGGAAAGAAGAACUUCCGUUAGAGUUUGAGGUGACCAGAAUGAAAACCAAAUGGGAGGGUAAAGUUCAUCUUCCUUGGAAUUAUUUUCCACCAUGCACUAACAAGUUCAAUGCAUUUGCAAUUCAUGGCUCAGGAGAAGAGAGACAAUAUGAAGCGCUUCAUCCUGUGCCUCGACAUGAACUACAGGAAGGACAGAAACCAGAUUUUCAUCGCCUGGAAUUUUUCAAAGAUUUGAAUCUGAAAGGACUAAUGGGAGAAGACUGGAAGCAGCCUGAGUCAGAUAUAUGGAAGUCUCUCACUAAUUAAAUGGAUUGAGGCAUACAUCUUUAUAGCAUUAGAGUUGGAUGAAGCUGUAUGGAAACAACUUAUUCAUUCUGAGGAGAGUUUGUAAAUAUCAGAUUAGUAAGGCUUUCCUUGACACCAAAAUCAUUGAUCAAUUUUAAAACCAACUGUAAAGUAUCUGGGCCAGUUGAUUCUAAAUGUAUGAAGUAUGCAACGGCUUGUGUUUCAUUUCAUCUGCUUUUGCAGUUUUUCAUCUGUGCAAGAGACGAAUAUGCUCCUACCAGUGAAGGGAAAAAAAUGUGCUAAAACUCCAGCUGUGUUUUCAUGAGAGCUCAAAGCCUGACAAGGCCAAAUCUGGCUUGGAAUCUUUCAGUUUCUUGUAGUUGCAUUUCUGCUGUAUUUGCUGCUUGUUUUUUUCUUGGCCGUUGAAUAAGAUUAUGUGCCUAAAUUUUUUGAUUGCAGUCAGGAGAAAGAAUGCCUCCUUCAGGAACAGGACAGAAUAUAGCUAUCAUGGCAUUUUGUGGUCCAGUAUUUUCAUUGCAAGAUGCUGUGGAGGUAUAACACUGCCCUUUCCUGUACAUUCCUACACCUGAAGUUUUCCUUUGCACAGUGCUGAAGGGGGAACUUAAUCUGUAUUACUUUACUAACAGACCUCUCUGCUUCAAAUUCUGUGUGGAAUUUCUAGUGAUAUUUAGAGGAAAAAUUUACAAAAAGUUCUAUGUAUUUUAGGAAAAGUUUCUGUGACAAAUAAUAUUCAGUAAAACCUUUUGAUAUAGUCAUGUGCCUACAAAAAAUUGUUUGUUCCAAGACCUUGUCAUAUCACUUUAAGGAUUCAGCUCAGACAUACAAGAAUUUUGUUUUCAUGGCACCUAACAUUGGAAAUAGUCUAAUUGUAUGUGUAUACAUUUUCUACAUAUAGGCAUGAAUAUUUUUAACAGUACUACGUACUUAGAUGGUAACAUCUAAUCUGUAAAAUCUCACAGGAUUUACAAAUGAGAUGUUCUUUUUUGUCUAGCAUAGUAAGUGCUACUUGAUUGUGGCUGCUGACUUGAUCCUAUAUAAAUUAACUUAGAAAAUAGGAAGCUUAUCCACUAACCAGAUCCUACAUCUGAAAAACAGGUGACUU